AUGAGGCGUCGUCAAAAUUCCAAGGAGACCCUUUUGGUCACGGAUGACAAAAAUGAUUCACAUCACGAGAAAACAGACAUACGCGGCGACCGGGGCAACAUCUUGAUAUUGUUGUUCUUGUAUAUACUGCAAGGUAUACCGUUGGGUUUGAUAGCAGCUGUGCCUAUGCUUUUGCAGAAUCGUGGAGCCAGCUAUAAACAGCAAGCGGAAUUUUCAUUUGCCUAUUGGCCCUUCAGUUUGAAGCUGUUGUGGGCACCCAUUGUUGAUGCGGUGUAUGUCAAACGUUUUGGUCGACGGAAAUCAUGGCUGGUGCCAUGCCAAUAUCUCAUUGGUGGAUUUAUGUUGUUCCUGUCAUGGCAGGUGGAUCGCUGGUUGGGUGGCAAUGGAGUUGAACCAAAUGUACCGCUGCUGACCGCAUUAUUUUUCUUGCUAAACUUUUUGGCUGCCACCCAGGACAUUGCUGUCGACGGCUGGGCUUUGACCAUGUUGAAACGUGUUAAUGUUGGCUAUGCCUCCACCUGCAAUAGUGUGGGACAAACUGCUGGCUACUUUUUGGGUUAUGUAGCAUUUAUUGCCUUGGAAUCAAAGGAGUUCUGCAACACCUAUUUACGUUCCGUACCCAAAGAUGUUGGCAUGGUAACCCUACCGGAAUUCUUGUGGUUCUGGGGUAUCUGUUUCUUGGUGGCCACAACUUUGGUCGCCCUCUUCAAAAAGGAAAACAUUGCCAAGCAUAAGGAUGAUGGUAGCCGCUACACCGAGGAACAUGAAUUGAACAUCUAUGAAAGUUAUAAAAUCCUUAUCGAUAUGGUACGCAUGCGUCCAGUACAGAUUCUAGCUGGUAUCCUAUUAACGGUGAAGGUGACAUUUGCCGCUUGCGAUGCUGUGACUUCCUUGAAACUAAUCGACGCCGGGGUACCCAAAGAAAAAUUGGCUUUGCUGGUCGUACCCAUAAUCCCCUUACAAAUUGUUUUGCCAUUGGUUGUUAGCCGUUAUACAAAUGGACCCCGUCCCAUGGAUGUGUACGUUAAAGCCAUACCGUAUCGUAUUGUUUUCGCUUCCUUGGCAUCGUUAAUUGCCUAUUUGACACCGUAUAUGAUUGCGGGUGGCGAGGUGCCAAUCUACUAUUAUGUCCUGUUGGUGGUCAACUAUGGCAUCUAUCAAAUAUUUUUGUAUUGUAUGUUUGUUGCUGUUAUGGCAUUCUUUGCCAAAAUAUCCGAUCCAGCUGUGGGUGGAACCUAUAUGACAUUCCUGAAUACAUUAUCGAAUUUGGGUGGUAAUUGGGCGAAUACGGUCAUUUUGUGGUUGGUCGAUGUUCUCACGUGGAAAGAGUGUGUCAAUGUCGAUGAUAGUCUGGCGGAAAAGAAUCAUUGUCUGACCAAGAAACAAACACAGGAAUGUACAUCUGCCGGUGGUGAAUGUAAAAUCGUAUUCGAUGGCUAUUAUAUAGAAUCAAUUAUCUGUAUUAUAUAUGGUAUUGUUUGGCUACUGUGUGUACGCAAAUGGAUUAACUAUCUACAAAAUCUACCCAAUAAAGCAUGGCUGGUGGUGAAAUCCAACAAUGUGACGGCCAAGAAAAGUUAGCAAUUAAUAGU